AUGGCGCCGAAGGCCGAGAAGAAGCCGGCGGAGAAGAAGCCCGCCCCCGAGAAGGCGACGGAAGAGAAGAAGGCGGUGGCGGAGAAGGCCCCCGCCGAGAAGAAGCCGAAGGCGGAGAAGAAGCUGCCGUCCAAGGAUGCCGCAGCCGUCGGGGACAAGAAGAAGAAGAAGAAGACGAAGAAGAGCACCGAGACCUACAAGAUCUACAUCUUCAAGGUGCUGAAGCAGGUCCACCCCGACAUCGGCAUCUCCAGCAAGGCCAUGGGCAUCAUGAACAGCUUCAUCAACGACAUCUUCGAGAAGCUCGCUCAGGAGGCGUCUCGUCUCGCCCGCUACAACAAGAAGCCCACCAUUACCUCCCGAGAGAUCCAGACCUCCGUCCGCCUCGUCCUCCCCGGUGAGCUCGCCAAGCAUGCCGUCUCCGAGGGUACCAAGGCGGUCACCAAGUUCACCAGCUCAUGA